UUGGCUGUAAACUUUAUGGAAGCAGAUUGCCGGGCCUUUCUCCCAAGGUUCCAACCCUAAGUUAAUAGUACAGUACUUAGCCCUUUAUGCCACCCAAGGACCUUGCAAAUUCUGUACAGAGGUAUGAAAAUGUAAAAGGCAGUAUUGCCAUUAUUAUUUAGUAGAUUUGUAUAUCAAUGGGUAUAUUUCCAGUUGGGUCAAUUCACUUCGAGCAAUCCUAGUAUUCUUUCUUUACUUAUUUUUAAUUACCAAAACUGAGAAAGGACCCGAGGUUAAACUGUGAAGACAGUAAGAUGAUGCUAACCUUUCACUUCCAUUUCCUUCUUUCAGGGGUUUCAUAAAUCUAAGUGAUGGCUGCUGAGAACCACACUUUCUUUACUGACUUCAUAUUCUUAGGGUUUUUUGACAGAAAGCGUGUGCAACAGGGGCUCUUUGUGCUCUUUCUCCUGGUUUAUGGCAUAACCAUGAUUGCAAAUCUAGGGAUGAUCCUACUGAUCAAGAUAGACUCCAGACUUCACACACCCACGUAUUACUUCCUGAGCAAUUUGUCUUUCUGUGAUGUCUGCUACUCCUCCACUGUCUCUCCCAAGAUGCUGGCUGAUUUCUUAUCUGAGCAAAAGAGGAUUUCAUAUAACUUAUAUGCCACUCAGAUGUAUUUUUGGGGGACCUUUGCUGAUGUGGAAUGUCUCAUUUUGGCUGCCAUGGCCUAUGACCGUAAUGUAGCCAUUUGUAAUCCACUUCCUUAUACAAUUGUCACGUCCAAGAGGAUCUAUACCCAGCUAGUGGCUGGUGUUUACAUUGUGGGACUGGUGGAUUCAGCAAUCCACACUUGCUUCACAUUUCGACUGUCCUUCUGCAAGUCCAAUGUUAUCAAUCACUUUUUCUGUGACAUCCCACUUUUGCUAGCCCUCUCCUGCUCAGAUACAUCCAUCAAUGAGAUAGUGAUGUUCGCUUUUAUUGGUUGUGUUGUGGGGUGCAGCAUCGUAACCGUUCUUCUCUCCUAUAGCUCUAUCAUAACUACCAUCCUUAGAAUGAACUCAACUGAGGGGAGACACAAAGCCUUUUCCACAUGUGCCUCCCACUUAACCGCUGUGGCUAUAUUCCAUGGUACACUCCUGUUCAUGUAUUUCCGACCAAGUUCAAGUUACUCAGUGGACACUGACAAAAUAGCCUCUGUCUUCUACACAGUCGUGAUCCCUAUGUUAAACCCACUGAUCUAUAGCCUGAGGAAUAAGGAUGUGAAAGAGGCCCUGCAAAAAACAAUGAGCAUUAAAUUAUGUUCUGGGUGAAACUGCAUUUUCAAACCAGAAGUAUUUAUGUAAAGAUUCUCAGAGCUAAAGUUGAAGGACUUUGACAUAAGGGCCUGCA